UAUAGUUAGGGGUUUUAGGAACCUAACACGAGUAUAGUUCAAAGGGGUUUUGCCAAAACCCCAAAUCCCCUAACAAAAUUUUACCGCUAUCACUCCAUGUCCGACGAUUUCGAUUCUCAUGCUGUUUCAGCUUCCACAGAGUCCCACUCUGUUUCUUCCAACAUCAAAGGACACCAACUUCAAACCGACUCCCAUUCUUUCACAGAGAAGACAAGCAUUGAUGAUAUCGGCUGUAAUCUCAAUUUGGGUGCCUCUGAAGUCAAAGACAAUACCCUUGUGCCCAAAGUUACAGAUUUUUUGACCCAAUGUGGAAUAUUGGCUGAUGAAUCCAUCAAUAAAGAAGAAGACAAGGGGAGUAUUGAAGAGAAUUUGUUGGGGUCCAAAGAUGACGGGACUGUGCGGUGUUCACUGAAGAUUGAAGUAAUUGAUGAUACAUCAAUGUUUGAUAUCUCUCAAGUUGGAAAAAGUUGCACUGUUGAUCAAAGAUUGAGGGGUUUUGAUAGGAAAUCAGCAAGAAAUAGGAAGAAAAAUAAUGCAAUUCAUCAAGUGGAAAAAGAGAAUGGAGAAAAAACGGUGGCAAGAAAAGCAAAACAUAGUAAUAUGGAAGAAGCCAAAGAAAAGAAUUUGAGGAAAGGAGGAGGAGAAGAGAAAAGGGUUUAUUGUAGAAAGGAGUUGGAAAUUUUGAGGUUUAUUGGAAUGGAAGAACAGAGGAAAAAGUGGGCUGAGGUGUACAUUGGGCUUGAUGAUACUGUGCAAAAGGAGUACGAUGGCCUCGUUGAUUCUUAUACUCAAAAGCACAUCCGCCGGCCUCGUAGACACAUUGGAAAAGAAAAUACCCCUGCAAUUUCUGGUAAUGACCAUUCAGAGCACUUGCAUGAUCAAGAAUGCAAUGUUAAUGAAGAAAGUGAUGAUAGCGAUGAUGAUUAUAGUAGCAUUCAAAGACCUGCCUUUAUAGUUACAGGAGAGCCGGACUUCGAUUCUGGUCCUCCUGAAGAUGGACUUGAGUAUCUUCGGCGUGUCAGGUGGGAAGCAUCACAGUUGCCCAAAGUGAAGGUUGCAAAGGUUGAAGGCAGUAGACCUAACAAAGAACAUACGUAUUACAUGCCCCAAAUUCCUGAUAUUGCAAGCUGUCUAGAGCACUUGUUACCGCUCAAGGAGUGGGAGGAAGCAUUCCUUGCUGAUUUUUCAGAGUUAAGACAGGAUUUAUCACGUUUGCCAGCUAAUAUUGGAACUUCCAGCCAGCUGCAUUCUGCAACUUUUGUUGAUCAAGAACACUCUUCAAAUCAGCUUCCUGAGAGCAUUAUUCUGGAUAAGUUUGAUGCUUUAAUGCCAGGUGAAGACGAGUCUUACCUAUGUGAUGCUGGUGAUGAUUCUGCCUUGGGAAAUUCCAUACCUAUGUCAUCUCUUGCCGAAAAAUUUGUCAACGGCCCUACCGUAUCUGUUAUCUUACAAAUGGAUGCUGUAGCUCGCGUUACAAUGUUAAGGAAGAGAAUUACAGCUGUACAAAGCAUGACCACUCUUUCAAGGGACGACUGCUUAUGGUUGUUUGCUCUGUGCACUGCGGUUGAUACUCCUCUUGAUGCCGAUACAUGUGCAGCGCUGCGGUCAUUACUCCGGAAAUGUGCAACCUUGAGAGCUGACAAGUCCAAACUCGAUGAUGAAGUUAUUAUGCUAAAUAUGUUGAUCACAAUAUCUGGCAGCUAUUUUGGACAGUCAGAACAAUGAAAAUCUUUGUACUUCAUCAAAAAGCCCUGUUGGGGACUUGAACAAAAUUCACUACUGCAAUUUUUGAUCACUUUCCAGAGUUUUCUUUGGUCAUGGUGUUCCCAUGAUAAUGUAUACUCAAAAAGUAGAGUUCUGUAUUAUAGUUAAUUUUCUCCAACUUCUGACAGAACUAGUUUUUUACAGCCUCGUUUAGUGAUUCCAUGCUUCCAUUUUAUGUACA